AUUACUUGAUGGUGACGAAUAUAAAGAAUACCUUACGUGGAACGAAACAGGGGAUGUGUUUGUGAUUUGCAAUAUGGAUGAAUUUGCACAGAAUGUUUUACCAAAAUUUUUCAAACAUUGUAAAUUCACUUCAUUCGUCAGACAACUUAAUAUAUAUGGAUUUUAUCGAGUAUCUGAUGCACGCAAAUCAAAACAUGUCCGUAGCAAACACGCCUGUGUAUUUUCUCAUUCUCAAUUCAGACGUGGUAGACAAGAUUUACUGCCGAAUAUACGCCGUAAAGUAUCAAAAACGAUAAGAAGAAAACCGCGUCUUUCUGAUUCUUCAAUGUCUCAUAAUCAAGGAGAAUCUGACCUCACAGCUUCGUCCUCCGUUUAUGGAUCCCCUGUCAAUGGUAAAUCUGGAAAUAUAAAAGAUUCACCAUCCCAUUCCACUCUGAAUCCUUUUAUGGAUUCUAAGGACUUUGCGGAUAGAUCUGAUAACGAUCUUGCAAUGCGUAAAAGAAUUGCUGAAUUGACGUUGACUACCGAAAAUCUAAGAAAGGAUUUAAAGCAUAUGAAUAGUAUCGUCAACGAUCGUUUACUUCCAGAAGUUCGUAAUUUGACAGAGGAUUUACAAAAACAUCAUGCUCAUGUUAUGCAAUUGACGCAAUUGGUUUACCAUACUUCUCCAGAAAGUAUUCAAUUAUUUCAGGAGGUUAGUCGUGGAUAUACUAGACCUUUAUCAUCUUCACAACAUGAUAUACCGUCAUCUAAACGUAUGCGAUUUGAUGACAAACAGACAACUUCUGUUAAGAGUGAACAUUCAUCUAACUUGACACAGUCGUCUGUUCAGAAUGUACCAACUGUACCUUCUUCUAUCCCUUCUAAUUAUGGUGUUUAUACGACUCAUCAAAACCAUCCUGGAAAUAAUUUAAUAAGUGGUAAUGAUUCUCCUAUCACUGGUUCGUCAAUGCAAUCGACACCUUCAGUGUCUCAGUCUCUUACUAUGUCGCCAGAUUCACAUCCUACAUAUAAUAUAUCAAGUUCUUCAAUCAUUGGAGAUUUUCAACAUUCUCCUCAUAAUUCUCACCCUGGUCUUACAGGGUUUAACGAACCCUGGAAUGCUACGUCUGUCUUGAUACAAGAUCCCGUCAAUACUGUUCCAAGUUCUAGUAUGUCUUCUUAUUUAUUUCCAGCGACGACUACUUCUCAUUCUCCAUUAGUAUUUAAUUCUCCUUCACCACAUCAACAACAAUCUCCUCCACAUUCGCAACAACAUUCUCCUACUUCUUCGAUAGGUUCUUUAAGUCCUACCGAAUAUGUUAAUAAUACGGCUACUGUAAAUUCUUCUGACAUUAUUGUUGCUACUUCAAAUUCAAAUAAUAAUCAUAAUAGUGGUGAAAAUAGUCCUCAUCAACAUGGAGAUGUUAUUGUUUCAGUCUCACCAUCGUCAACUACUUCGUCAUCCCCGAUCUCUGCGUCCGCAACAAUGCCAAACUAUUAUCAUCAUCAAUCCAAUUCGAUUUUACCAUUGGAAAUUUAUAAUCCUCCUUAUGAGAAUUAUAAUUAA